GGCGGUGGCGGCCGAAGGGUGUGUGAGAGGAAUGCUGCUGCUGCUGCCCGUGGCGGCGGGGCCGGGCUCGGGAUGAGCUCGAAGGUGCGCUGGGUCCCUACCGUAGAGCGGCCGCCUCCGGGCGAGGGGGACCAGUCGCCGCCGCCCCCGUCACCCCCGCGGGAACUGUCGCCGAAGUCAUCCCCGGCGGCCUCCUCCUUCUCCAGCUCCACGCCGGUCUCCGCGCCCGGCGGGGGCCUGUUCGGCUGGGUUCGCGGGCGGCGCCUGGGCCAUGGAGGCCGCUGCGUGGAGCCGGCGCGGGACACGUUCCGGGCCAUGACGGGGCUCUACGGCGCCAUCCAGCCCGCCGACUCGGUGUCCCCGAUCACCCGUACGCACGGCGCCGUCUUCAACCUGGAAUACUCCCCUGGCGGGUCAGUGCUGACGGUUGCAUGUGAACAGACAGAAGUCCUGCUUUUUGAUCCCAUCUCUUCAAAGCACAUAAAAACUCUCUCCACUGCUCACGAGGAUUGUGUAAAUAAUAUCAGGUUUCUUGAUAACCGACUGUUUGCAACUUGUUCUGAUGACACAACCAUAGCACUCUGGGAUCUGAGGAAACUAGAUUCAAAAGUGUGCACUUUACAUGGUCACACAAGCUGGGUGAAGAAUAUUGAAUAUGACACUAACACAAGAUUGCUAGUAACAUCGGGAUUUGAUGGAAAUGUUAUCAUAUGGGAUACUAACAGGUGCACGGAGGAUGGCUGCCCUCACAAGAAGUUCUUUCACACCCGUUUUCUCAUGCGCAUGAGGUUGACACCAGACUGUUCCAAAAUGUUAAUCUCAACAUCUUCUGGGUAUCUCCUGAUCUUGCAUGACCUUGACUUAACCAAAUCUUUAGAGGUUGUCAGCUAUCCCAUUUUAAGAGCCAGAAGGACCACGUCCAGUUCAGAUCUGGCAUCUGCCACCUCAUCCAGUCCUAGGAGUGCUGGGUCGCCUUGUCACCAAGGAGACUCACAUCCCGUGUCUGAAAAACACAUGGUACGAGCCACCCAGCGAGAAGGUGGAUCUCCACGCAAUAGUCUUGAGGUUUUAACCCCAGAAGUCCCUGGUGAGAGGGAUCGGGGAAACUGCAUUACAUCACUGCAGCUCCAUCCCAAAGGCUGGGCUACACUUCUUCGAUGCUCAAGUAACACUGAUGACCAGGAGUGGACUUGUGUCUAUGAAUUCCAAGAAGGCGCCCCAGUGCGGCCAGUUUCCCCUCGCUGCUCCCUCCGAUUGACUCAUUGCAUUGAAGAAGCCAACGUUGGUCGGGGCUAUAUCAAGGAACUCUGUUUCAGCCCAGAUGGCCGAAUGAUUGCCUCCCCACAUGGCUAUGGGAUCCGCUUGUUGGGGUUUGAUACCAAGUGCAGUGAACUGGUGGACUGCUUGCCCAAAGAAGCCGCCCCUCUGCAAGAGAUCCGGUCACUCUACUCUCAUAACGAUGUGGUCCUGACCACCAAGUUUUCUCCGACGCACUGUCAGAUUGCCUCCGGGUGCCUUAGUGGUCGCGUUUCUUUAUAUCAGCCAAAGUUCUAGGCACCUCUUGCCUUGAAAGGAACAAUCCGAUGUUUGUUUUUUAAAUUACUUCAGUUUAGUUGGAGUGUUUUUUUAAAGAAGAAAUCUUGUAAAUUUGGACAAGUACAGAGUUACUCUGAUCCCUGGACUAAAACAUGGGCCCAAGUUAAGUCCAGCACUUGAUGUGAGUGUGUGUGUGUGUGUUGUGACUCUGAAUUCACACAUCAGACUUUCUGUGCAUUCUUCCUCUCUGCUCCUGCUGAUUCCAUCUAUGUUGUUUGGAUAUAGCAUGGUGGCUUUUGUAACCCUUGUCCUUCCACAUGACUCUUAGUGCAAGAUGUUGAAUGGGCUUGAGAGGAGGGGAAACACCCAGCCAAACCCCACGUGCUUCUUUGCCUCAAAGGAACUGAACUUCAGCCCCUUGGCCUCUUUGAUUUCUGGAUAUUGCUGUAUUAUUAUUAUUAUUGUUGUUAUUUUUUAGGUGAUGGAGCACUCUUCUUGCACACUAGAUUAGCUACAGCCAGCAAACACAUUGUUUCUUUGCAAACAACUGAACGAAAUGUUGUCACUACUUUUUGGUAUUGUUCUGCUGUAGUUCAAUCUGUUGGCUGGUAUUCCUAAAAAAUACACUCCUGUACACAGCUCCCCCACCCCAAAGACUGGAAGGAGAGUCUUCCUUGGUUUGCUAGAGAAAAGGUUUAUUAGCUUAAGAAUAGCUUAACAUCUUGCCCUUGUGAGUCUUGUAAAAGAGCAUCUUCUAUAAUAUUAUUGGACAUAGAAUGGAAUGUUAUUUGAUCACUACGUUUGUGCCCAAACACUAAGUUUACAAUCCGGCAGGAAGUUCUCCUGCACAAGCCUCAAUGGAAUGAAGGGGAGCUGUGCAAGGCAAAUCUUUGGCUGAGCCUCACAUUCAUUUAAAUUGAGACUUGUGCAGGAGAACUUCCUGGUGAAUUGUGUCCUAUGCCCAUUGAUGGGUCUAGUCACUGUGAAAGGUUUUGGGAUUGAAUAAAAUCAUUUUAAUAUCAGAUUGAAUGUUGCUCAGUAGUAUUUCCAUUUGCAACCGGACUAAGGCUAGUUGGCCUCUUAUUGUGCCUUGCAAGCCACAAAAUUAUGCUAGUCUGUUUGUAAGAGAGCCUAAUGCAGGUGUGCACACCUUGUGCCGUGCUAUAAAGUUAGACACAGCCCACCAGCUAUAUAUGAAGAUUGCUCAAAAAGUUUGGUCAAAAUAAGUUUUCUCCUGUGGCAGUAAUGACACAUUUUAUUAGUGUAUUGGCACAUCCUUUAGAAAUGUUUCUGCAGAUGUUCAUUAAAAUAACUUUUAACUAUGUUUUUCCAUUCCAGACACUUAACGUGAAAUAAAACUGAGCAGUCAUAA